UUGCACUGGGCUGCCAAACAAGGCAAUGAAGAUGUUGUCAAACUAAUAGCAGGAACCUACAAAGCCGAUGUUAAUGCUCAAACGAAUGGGGGUUAUACUCCUUUACAUAUAGCCAUGCAAUUUGGAAGAUCCAAUAUAUUUGCUUUGCUCUGCAAUACUUACAAGGCCAAUCGUGAUCUGCUCGACUGGGCUGGCAAUAAACCUCUGGACUAUAGUAAACAACAGACCAGCGUCUCGGCUUCCACCUACAGCAAAAUCAAAGCAAAGAGAAAACCUACAGUCGAAAAAGAUUCGGGAUUCCUACGGAUUGGCUCUUUGAAUGUGCGAGUGAAGAAAACGACCGAAGCAUUCAGCAACUUCUUGGGAGUGGGCAAUGGCACGAUACACUCACACCACCAACAGCAACAACAUCACCAUCCACACGCAGCCUCAACAGUAAAUCACCCUCACCAGCGCCAUCACCGUCACCAUCAUUAUCCUCAUCAUCUUCACGCUCCCGGUGGUAUGAUGCGGAAUCAGCAGCAUCUUCAUCCGAUGAUGAUGAAAAAAUCGGCAACAAUGACGAUGAAGAACCCACCAUCAUCGAUGAAUCAUCAUCAUCAUCUACCGGCACCGGGCUCAAGAGCCAGUGUACCAAUUAAUUCAACAAAAUAUGACAUGCUGCACAAGUCUUGGGGUUCCGCCGAUAAUAUAACACAAAACGCCCUUAAAGCCACAAAAAACUAUAAUGAUGAUGACGACGAAGAUGAUGAGGAUUCUUUAAUGCCCCCACCCAAGGGUUUGGACAGUGUUAAGAAACGCCAAAAGAAUACUAAACGUUCUUCGAUAUCCUCAAAUGCCACCGACUCACCCCGAGAUUCGAUAUCAUCAACAUCAAGCUCCAAUUUUAAUUCCGGCUACAGCAGCAUGCCCACUACUCCCAAUCAACUAAGAUCACCUUUAGGUUUAGGUGUACCCAAUAACUUGACAGCCGAUUCUGAUUCAGAUUCGGCUUGUGGUUUCGAUUCGAAUUGGUCCAUAAAUGGUCGCAGUUCAUUAAGUAGUGGUAAUUUGAAAUCUUCGAAAUAUUAACAAUAUAUUAACCCUCGAAUGCAUUAAUAAGAAUACAAAAUAUAAUUUGUAUGACGAUUUUACGAAAGCUAAUUUUCAAUUUGUAAUUAGUAUUAAGCUAUUAUAUGUUUUACUAUAUUAACUGCCUUAACAAUAUAUAAAAUAUCUGUUCUAUGUAAAAAUCAUACUGCUAAUUCAUAUGUUCAAACCCUUUUUUUAUUUUUUUGUCUAAAUAUAACAAUAAUCAUU